AUGACGUCAUCUGCCGCUUCUGGAACACUAGAUGCGCUUCCAGCUGACAACAAGGUCGUCGUGUUUGUGAAAAGACCCGGUUCGUUGAAACUUACUUUUCAUUUCUAACUCCAUUUCUAACUUUUCUAUUUUCAGGGGAGAAUAACGCGCCAACUGUGGACUGUUUCGACGUGAUCCCGAUUGAUUCGCCCACGGAAAAGGAAAUCACUUCCGAGCAAUGCAUCGUGCGAACUCUUUUCUUGUCCGUCGAUCCAUUACAAGUACGUUUCACGUUUCAUUCCAGUGUGAAUUUCUUGUUCUUCCAGAGAUGUCGCAUGAAUCCAUCGACGGGCGUCGACUACCUGGGACCAUACGAGAUCGGAGAGCCUGUCGACGGAAUGGAAGGAGUCGGAAUAGUCGAAAGGGUCGGCUCUGCGUGCAGCUUGAACGUCGGCGACGUUGUGACGGGAUGCAUUCGUCUGUGGACGUGGACAAAGUACUUUGUCUGUGACAGCAGCGACCUCGUGAAAGUGAACCUCCCUCCGAACUUCUCGCCGUCCGUCAUUCUCUCCUGUGCCGGUCUCUCUGGCAUCACCGCUCUGCUCGGAAUUCGGAAGAAAGUGUGCACUUUGUUAUCAGCACAGGUCACAUUUUAUUCCUCGUUGUAGGCAUUGAUCGACAGGAGCCGACCGCAAACGAUUGUCGUGUCCGGAGCCGCCGGAAGCUGUGGGUCACUUGCCGGACAGAUUGCGAGGAUGGAAGGAUGUUCGAGAGUAAUCGGAAUAUGCGGAACAGAUGAGAAAUGCAGACUGCUGGUGGGCGACUAGCUGAGAGAGAAGGAAAAUAGCGAAGAGUUGCAGAAGGAGGAAUUCGGAUUCGACAGUGCUAUAAACUACAAAAAGGAGAACGUUGGAAUACGGUUAUCGAUAUUGGCGCCCGAAGGAGUCGACAUCUACUGGGAUAACGUUGGAGGAGAAAUCUCCGAUGAAGUCAUCCGAGCUGUGAGUUUCUUUUUGUUUUGGAAGAAAAAAAAAGAAAAAGCCGUUUUAGAUGAAUGACGGCGGACGAGUCGUUCUCUGUGGACAGAUUGCCGUCUACAACACAGAUCUUCCGUACCCUCCGCCGCUUCCAGAGCAGACAAUCCACAUUCUGAAAGAGAGGAACAUCCAGAGAGAGAGAUACCUCGUACUCACCUACAAGGACGAAAUGGACGAGGCGAUUGCACAGUUGUCUGAAUGGUUGCAACAGGAUAAAAUUAAGGUGAGAUUUCAAUAACAGUGUCCUCUUAAAAUCUGGUUUUAUAGGUUAGAGAGACAAUCUACGAUGGGCUUUCGGCUGCUCCAAGCGCCUUUGUCGACAUGAUGAUCGGAAAGAACAUUGGAAAGAUGCUCAUCCGCCCGUAG